AUGGGCUCGUUGGGCGAUGCAAACAAUAAGAAACCUUGGGUCGAAACCCCAUUGCACGAAUCACCGACUCUUUCCCGUGCCGCUGGCUGCCGGAUAUUCCUGAAGCUGGAGAAUCUGCAGCCUUCUGGCUCCUUCAAAUCUCGAGGUAUUGGUAACCUGGUCUUGACCGAAGCGGCUUAUCACAAGGCCAUUGGCAGCACGCGACCUUUGCACUUCUUCGCCUCGUCUGCCGGGAACGCAGGCCUGGCCGCCGUUUCCGCAACCAGCGCUCUCGGAUACACCUCUACCGUUGUUGUACCUACGACCACCGAGGAGUCCAUCGUCGAGAAAUUGAAAGUCAAUGGCGCCAGCGAGGUCAUUGCACAUGGCCCUACGCUCUUGGAAGCGGAUCUAUAUCUGAAGGAGGUGGCAAUGCCUCGUGCGGAGGCCAGGGGCGAGAUCCCUAUAUACGUCUCACCAUUUGACAACGAAGCCAUCUGGGACGGCGCCGCGACCAUGGUCGAGGAGAUACAUCGGCAGAUGCCCGACGGCGAAGCGCCUGACGCCAUUGUCUGCUCUGUUGGCGGCGGGGGCCUUUUGGCAGGCCUUGCGAACGGAAUGGAACGCGUCGGUUGGGGGAGCGAAGUGCAGCUCCUUGCUGUCGAAACCAAAGGCGCCGAUUCACUGUAUCAGUCCUGGCAAGCUGGUCAGCUGGUCACCAUCUCCGGGAUCACUUCCAUUGCCACCUCCCUCGGAGUCGUUCGGGUGUGCCAAAGGGCUUUCGACCUCCUGGCGCGCAAGAAUGUGACUAGCCUUGUGCUCGAGGACGCCGAGGCCGCCAUGGGCUGCUGGCGGCUGGCGGAUGACGAGCGCAUCAUUGUUGAGCCCGCCUGCGGAGUCAGCGUGGCGUUGGCGUACGACGACCGCCUGAGGCAGGUUUUGCGCCCAUUCGACAAGAACAAGAAGGUGGUGAUCGUCGUGUGCGGCGGCAGUAAAAUCUCCGUGGACGCCUUGGUCCAAUACAAGGCUCAAUAUGCAGAAAGGGCGAGGGAGCUGGCGGCGCAAUGGGCCGGCAUGUCGGGCUAG